AUGGCCCGCAGCCUCCCCCUCCUCCCCGUCCUCCUCCUCCUCGCUCUCUCCUCCCUCCUCUCCGUCUCCUGCCGCCCAAGCCCUCUCGCCACCUCCAAUGCCUCACGCAAACCCGGCGGCGGGAAACGCGGCGGGAAACCCGGCGGGAAAUCCGGUGGGAAAUCCGGCGGGAGUAAGAAGGGCGUUUCCGCGGUGAGCUGCCCGUCGCCGUGGCCGGAGCUCGACAGCUGCCCCACCAGCGAGUCGCUGCCGCAACUCGAGGACUCGCAAACGGAGUUCCCAGGGGCGGUGUGGGGUGCGCUGCGGCCGCACAAGGUGCCCGGGGCGCGCAACAGCCCAGCGGACGCCACGUGGCUGAACAAGGACGAGCGCGACACGGAGGUUUACAUCGAGGAGUGCUGCUCGCUGUGCGCGCUGAACGACGCAUGCGAGUACUGGACGUACACGCGGAAGCUGGAUUCCAUUAAAGGCACAUGUCAGCUCUUUUCAAGCCAGCAGUGCGCCCCCAGUAACGCCUACUCCGCCAUCUCCGCCCCCGCCUCCUCCCCCCGCACCCCCCGCUCCGCCUCCUCCUCCGCCUCCUCCCCCCGCACCCACCACCCCGUCUCCUCCCCCAAAGUCUCCUUCUCCUUCCGCAAGGCGCCAAAAGACGCCGCCCUUCCGACCCCGGGCGGCUCCGACGGCACGGGCGGCAAUGGCGGAGCGGGCGGCGGCACGGGCGCAGGGACAGCGGGAGGGGGACUGGAUGAUCCUUUAACGGGGACAGGGGGCAGUGGGGGGGACAGCAGCAGCGGUGACAGCAGUGGCAGCGGUGGCAGCGGUGGCAGCAGCAGUGGCGGAGGCAGCAGCACCGGGAGCGGCACCACCACCACCACAGGCAACACCACCUGUCCUUCCUUCUCCGGCUGCCUUUCCGCCUGUCCAGCUGGCACCAGCGCGAUCACCCAGCUGUACAGCGACACGUCAGCGCCUGCCACGUCAGCAGCAGCUAACGUUGCGCGGGGGAGGCUGUACGGGGUGGAAUCGCCAGCAGCGGGGUGGAGCGUGUUGGGGGAGGCGGGGUAUUUGAGCAUUGGGGGGUGCUGCCAGGCGUGUAAGGCGGGGGCAAGCAAUGACUGCUACUACUGGACAUGGCAACACGAUCCAAAGGAAGGGGAUUAUGACCGAGCAAUGGGGGAUGCUGUCACGCGUGUAAGGCGGGGGCAAGCAAUGACUGCUACUACUGGACGUGGCAACAUGAUCCAAAGGAAGGGGAUUAUGAUCGAGGGCUGUGCACUCUGUUCCACAGCCAGGCGUGUCGCUUCAUGGCAGACGAGGGCUUUCUGGCAACACAUGCCUCACUCCCUUUCCUUGUCCCGCUGCCUGUUUCUUGCCUCCGUGCCUGUUUGCCUUCCUUCCCCCCCCUCCUUCCCAGGCCUGUGCACGCUGUUUCACAGCCAGGCGUGCCGCUUCAUGACAGACGAGGGCUUUUUCUCCCCGCCCGUGUUUGACCCCGCACAAACCAACUCGUUCAUGUUCCCUCUGCCCUGUUACUCGGCUGUGUAA